AUGGAAUGUAUGUUUGGACUUGGAGUCAUGACAGGCUCUGUCAUCUCAGGCCUAUUAGUUGAUCUCUGGGCUUUCCCGCUGCCCUUCUUUGUGGUGGGCGUGGCCCAAUCUGUGUUCUUCCCGUUCUUUGCUGUUAACGGAGUGACUCCCGAGGGCCAAAGGAAUGUUACGCCGCGUGCGUCCGACGUCCAGCAGCCUGCUGCGGCGAACGUGCCCUUCGGGCGAUUGCUUCGGGACCCCAUUUUUAUGCUGAACAUUCUUUCCGUGGUGCUUUCGUCGGCAAUCAUGGGAUUCAACGACCCAACGUUGGGGCCCUAUCUCGUGCAGUUUGGCCUCAGCAACACGGACGUCGGCGUUUGCUUCAUGGUGCAGUACGCCAGCUACGCAGUCGGUUCAUUGGUCUCGGGAAUGUUUUGCCAACUUCAGAUGGAAUUAUUUUUCAGUUUUGCCGCUGUGCUCCUCACGGUAUUGUCGUUUAUGAUCAUUGGACCGGUGCCUUUUCUGCCAUGCCAACCGAGCCUUUGGAUGGUAUACGUCUCGCUAGUCCUUAUGGGAAACGGUCAGGCGGCACUUUUUGUUUGCUCUUAUUGCCAAGCCCUAAAGCGUGCCACAGAGCUCGGUUACCCCGACAACAUUCGAACCUCGGGAUUUGUAUCAUCUCUGGUUUUUCCUUCUCUCUUUAUUGGAAGCUUAAUUACUUCGCCCAUUGCUGGAUAUUUGGUCGGCACCUUCGGCUACAGGAAAGGAUCUAUGUUUAUGUUUGUUGCUCUCUUGAUGUGGACGCCCAUUACCGUGUUCCAAUGGCAGCGAUCCAACUGUCUAUCAAGAAAGAAAAUCACCAUCACAAUUCCCGAAGCAUGA